UACAACUCAAUUCAUAAUGGCGGCGCUCUUAAGAGCAAAAUUUUGUCGGUUACUAAGGAAAUGUUUGUUCCAAGAUGUCUCAUCCACAUCACCGUCAUCGACAUCGUUGAGCAAACUAAACUUAUUGAUUUCUGCGAGAAGACAAGUCAGUAUCUGUAGUGCAACAAUUAGCCGAAUUCCAAAAAAGGUGUAUUCUCGCAAGUACAAGGUCAGGCUGGUCCAACCAGAUGGUUCAUCUUUCUUCAUUAGAUAUGAAAAGCCAUUGAAAUUAAUUAAACAGCCAAUUAACCCAGCUGAAAUGACAGAAGAAGAGAAGAGAGCAAGGAUGAGGCGAUUAAAACCUGAAAAGCCAAAGACUAUAUAUGAACUUGAGGAUGAGGAUGGGGAUCAUGAUCAGAGAUCAUGGGCUAAUUUAAUGAAGAAGAAAUCUUGAAAGUCACAAAGUAACUCUAUCAUUGCUCAAAAGACACCAGGACUGGCAUACUGUAAUGGUAUACACACACUAAGUGACAAAUUGUUAUGAAAGGUCUCUGCAAAGAACAGCUCUGUGAAUAUGAAAGUGAUCUUCAGCUCUGUGUUGCUUGCCCUAAAUUCUGUAUGAAUUCAAAACAAGCUGAAUAUGUGUGACUUAUCUGAGAUAAAAAAAAUGUUACAUGGGCAGAGUUUCAUAAGGGAAAAUUGAAAAGGAAAGUUGUAGCUGCUACCUAUUGUUCAUUAUAUCUGCCAGGACUUGUCACUUAGUUUGUCCCCUCUUCUGGAAAAAAUUCAAAGUUAACACAAAGUUGUACAAAGGGGGUAAGUUUGUAAAGAAACUGUAGUGCUGCUAUGGUGAGAGAGUAAAACAGAGUAAUUUAGUAUUAUCAACUGAGUUGAUGAAGUAAAUGAUCCACAGUAAAAAGUUUCAAAGCAGAUCUUUUGAGCAUAAGCUCUUCGUCAGAGAAAAUGACAAAGGGUUAACCCUUGGAACAUCAGCUUUGAAACUCCAAACGGUGGCCAAUUUGUGUUAUCAACUCAAUCAAAAAUACUUAAUUACAAAGUUGUACAGCUCACUCAGCAGGCACUCAGGUAACCACUCCAAGUGUUUGAGGUAUAUGUAAAGGUCAAUAUGAGCAUGGACAAAGAUUUAUCCAUUUUAUUUGACUUCUCAACCAUGUGUGUCACCUUAACUUAUGUGUAACAAAUAAUUUUUUUCAAUAAAGUGAUGAAACUUAUCCAGGGUUACAUUAAAA